UGAGCUGCCAAUAUGUUUUAUUUAUGAAAAAUGUGUCAUCAUUUUUUAAAUGUUUUUGUAGGGGUGGUAGGACUGACCUGGAGCCGUUGGUGAUGAGGAUGCUUUCCCUGAUGGUUAAUGUGCAAUAGUACCAAACCAGCACGAAAUUGACGAUCGCAUCAAGGAAUCUAAAGUCAGGAUAACAGACAAAUUAUUGAUUUAGAUAUGCGGUACAUGCAUUGUCCAUAUAGUAAAGUCAUGGUAACUGACAAGGUAGCAGAACAUGCUAAUAUUUACCUGUAGCUCACAAAGAAAUAGCAUACAAAGGAGAGCAGCAGCAUGAUGACUGUGAGGUACAGCUUAAACUUCUCGUAUUCAUCUUUGUAGGCAAAUCUGACAGAUAGGAAAUAGAAGAUAGGACAAAUGCAGGCCUCAAUUUACAAUAUAAAUGAUUAAAUGUGUCAUUGAUGAUGGGAAAUAAGGAAUCUCUUGGCUUAGAUAUGUGUUUCUUACUUUGACUGCUUGCUGAAAAGAGUGACAUUCACAUUUCCAAGAACCAGACUGAGGUACAAACUGAAAUAUGAAUAUGAAUCAUAUUAUUUUUCUGGUGUAACUUUACACAAGGUAAUAAAUGCAAAUGAGCUGUUUUUAAAAAAUGUGUAUAUCAAUCAUAGCAAUGAGAUCAGCUUUUGCUUUUAAAAAUCAGUUUACCCAUUUUUAUUGGGAAGGAAUGCUUCCAUUUCAAAGAAAGCAUUUGGUCGCAUCUUUAUCUUCUCAUUUAUUUCAUUCAACAUCUUGGCAUCCUCUUCUGAAGGUCCUUUGCUGCAUCUGAUGGAUGAGAUAAGUGCAUAAGAUGGCCAGGUCUGUUAUAUUGACACAUUUCUGUAUACUGUGUGUGUACGACCGGAUGUUCUUAUCUGUACUGCAAUUGUGUUUGUGUGUGUAUAAAAUGUACCUUUUCACGAGGGAGGACACCUCUUUCAGCCUGUUGCGCUGACUGGAAAUGGAGGACGAGCAGUUUUUUUGUAGCUUGGAAACGUCAUCCAGUUUUUGUAAGUACAUUUUGUGUGUUUCCUGGACCAGAAGAACAUGGUGAUAUCACAAGCAUUUAUCUUUGUAAACUUUAGGAAUUAUAGAAACAAACGGCUGCUAUGUUUGAAUAAUCUGAUACUUUUAACUGAUAUUUGUCAUUUUCUUACCUGAAGUUGCUUAUAGUCUUCUUCCAUGCAUUUCCACUCCUCCAGACAGACUUUAAAACCUUGAGACAUUUUGUGAACACUUUAUCUUUCACACUACACCGAGAGCAGACCGAAAUAAUUUAACCAACAAGAAAUUACUUGCACAUAAUGCGAUGUUGAAGUGAUUCUCUCCAUAGACGGUUUAUUGCAUAAAGUGAACUUUGACUUGUGCGGAUGUGCAAGAUUUAGUCUUGGACAUUGCUCUGUAGAAAUGAUCUUGUUAUCACAUUGUUCAGUUAUCACCUACAGAGCUAAAGGGGAAAGGUUAUUAUUGACUAUAUUGUAUAAAUUGCAAAGACAGGACGUUCUAUAUUUGUUUUUCUAUAGCACUAUAUUUCAGCAUUUUAGUUUAAAAAGUGCAAAUUAACAGCAUCUAGUGGAUGAAAGCACGAAAUUGAUGAUAAACUAACUUGACUGCAAAUCGGUUUCAAGGGAGAUGAUUUUGCUAUUUAAUUUUUGAUGGCACAAAUGACUAAUUGGUGGAAUCAAUAAUUAUUUUAUUAGUUUGUUAAAACCUCUUGUGUUGUUUAUUUAUUUUAUUUUUUUGCUCACUGACAGCAGUCAAUAAGAGGAAUCGUACAAAUACAAUUAUUUUCAGUGUAAAAGAUUUAGUGCCGCUUUUAUUCUGAAAUGUCUGUACGGAAGUUUCAUUGUUUUGUUUAUAUGCGCAUGCGCAAUCAGCUGACGGUGGCCGGUGAGUGUUGUCUCAGCUGUGAGGUGUAGAUGAGAGGUCAGUUCGUCAGUUUAUUUCAUACAAAGUAGCUUGCCGCUUAUAUUGACAGAUAUCAAUUACCUCGUAUUAGGACUACAUAGGUUGAUCUACACGAAGAAAGAUCGGACACCAAAACAACUUGAUGAGAAAGCAUACAGACAGGAGAUGUGUGCUGCUAUGUAUGUCCUGUCGACGGUAACGGGCUACGUGCUCACCUCAGCCCUGCUGAUGAAAUGUCCUAAUCUUCUACACCGGAGGAAACGAGAACCUUUUCUCAGCAGACACAUUUCCCAUCGAGGAGGCGCUGGUGAAAACCUGGAAAACACCAUGGCAGCAUUCAAGCACGCUGUAGAUCUUGGCACAGACAUGCUGGAGUUGGACUGCCACCUGACCAAAGAUGAACAGGUAGUGGUGUCACAUGAUGCUAGCUUGCAGAGGGCCUCUGGCAUCAACGCCCACAUCUCCGAUAUGACCUACGCUGAGCUCCCGCCGUACCUCUGCAAGCUGGGUGUGACUUUUCAAAGAGAGUGUUUCUGCGAGGGGGGGGAGGACAAACGCAUCCCUCUCCUCAAGGAUGUUUUUGAGGCAUUUCCCAACACCCCUGUGAACAUUGACAUCAAGGUCAACGACGACAGGCUCAUCAAGAAGGUCUCUGAGCUGGUUGUUAACUACGACAGAGAGGAUCUGACGGUCUGGGGCAACGCUAGCAACAAGAUUGUAAAGAAGUGCUACACAGAGAACCCACGUAUUCCAGUGUUGUUCAGCCUUCCCAGAGUAUUGCAGCUGUUAGGCCUCUUCUACACUGGCCUUCUGCCUUUUGUUCCCCUCAAGGAGCAGUUUCUGGAGAUCCCCAUGCCUUCUAUUAUUACCAAAAUAAAGGGUCCCGACAGAUUAACAAGGAGUCAGAGAUUAAUUACCUGGCUGGCAGACACAUUGCUGAUGAGAAAGACUCUGUUUCAGCAUCUUACUGCCAGGGGAAUACAGGUGUACAUUUGGGUGUUGAAUGACGAGGAGGACUUCCAGAGGGCAUUUGACUUGGGAGCCACAGGAGUUAUGACAGAUUUUCCCACCAGGCUUAAAGAAUUCUUGGACCUGAAUGGCAUUUCUAAGCCCCAGUGACCUGCAAAAAUCUACCUUACCCACCCCCCCUACUCCCCCACAUAUGUGAUUAACCUACAAUCUGAGUCAUUGCUAAACCAGCCCCCCUCGACAAUGUGCAUCCACUUUCUCUGCAUGCAUUCCAGCAGGGCUCCGUUCAGUGUCUCAGGCUCUGCAUACUGCACUGGUACGAGGACCGAGCUGUUGAACUGGUGACACAAACAUUUCAUUUAAAUUACACCACACAUAUGCUAAAUAUUAUUACCUACCGACAGUUGUGUUCUUUGCAUAUUUGGAUCAAUUAAAAAAACAGCACAAUCUAAAGUUUCUUUAAAAUGGGACAAAAUGCUAAUCAAACUUCAGUGUUUGAAAGUCUUAUCAUCCUUGAAUUUCAUAACAGACAAUUGCUUUUGACUUGAGAUGUUAUGUUUUAAACAUCACUAAUAUCAAGAUACUGUAUAUGUUUGCCUUUUUCGAGUCUUUCAAGUAAAUUACAAUUUGCAGUAAUAUUCUUUGUUAAUUUACCAGCAGCUUUAGAAUGUUUUGAGAUACAAUACAUAUUUAUUUCCCGUUUUUACUAUCAGACUGUUGAUUGCAUGCAAUAUCCAAAAUGUAAGUAGUUUGAUAGAUCAUUUUUAUAUGUGCACUGAUGCAUCAAAAGUAUGCUACUUCAAAUAAAGAUAAAAUGGUGCAGUUUGACUACUGAGGUGGGUUGUGCCGCUGACCCUUAUUUAAAACUCAAAGGCACAUGAUUUUAUCAGCGGAUUUUAAAUAAAUCGUUGUGUGUUGUUUUUUGUAAUUUUGUUGUGUUUUAAGUGUAGUUUUUAGAUUUGAACCAUAUGAAUCGACUGAUUUUGCACAAAAACAUAUUUCAAUUUGAUGGUUUAAGUAAGAGGAUUGCCAUUUUCACACGUGUUUUAAGAUCGUACACAAAAUUCAACUUAAUAUAUAAUGUUUACAGCGUAUUGUAAAUAUGGUAGACAUAAUAUAUGAUUGAUUGCUUUUGCACUUCAAAUUUGAAAUGUAUUUAAGACAGCAGCUCUUCAUUUUGUGUUACAGUAAGACAAUCAAAAAUCAUUGGGAUUAUUAUAGCAUUUAAGAUUUAUAAUCCAAACAGGUGACCACAGAGAGAGGGUCAGUAAUGAAUAUAGUGGUUGUGGUUGAAAGUACUUUAUAUUGUUCUAUAUAUACAGUAUUGCUGCUUUAUUUUCUAUACUGUUGGGUAUUUUAUGAGUGCUGUCUGAGUGGUUGAAGUAAAAUCUGCACAGUGGUUUGUCAUAUGAAAGAUUUGUGAUUUACCAAUCAUACAUCAGAUCUUACAUUACUGAAUAUUUUGAUUUCUUUGCCUGUGCUGUACUGAGUGUGUAUUUGUUGUGCAUGCCUAAAUGAUUAUUUAUUGUAUAUGUUGCGUCUGAUUGUGUGUGUGGGACCUGGCUGUCUAUCUAAAUGCCUUAUCCCACAUUGAGUAUGACAUUUGAUUUCAAAUAUUGAAUCUUGAACAAAUACAUUUCUAUCAUUGCCAAUAAAAACUCAAAUGCUGUAA